AUGUUUCUCACCAAAACAAGAAGCCCGCGAGAUCUCAACAAGUUUCCGAUCACCCAGCUCUUUCUUCUCGCACUUGUUCGAGUUGCGGAGCCAAUUGCUCUUACUUCCAUCUUUCCAUACGCCUGGAAGCUUGUCAUUCAUUACAAUGUUACCACCGAGUCGAACGCCGCAUUUUACGCUGGCAUUCUCAUCAGCGCUUUCUCCCUCUCCGAAGCAUGCACCGGCAUGUAUUGGGGUAGUCUCUCCGACAGGAUAGGUCGUAAGCCAGUCUUGCUCAUGGGAUGCAUGGGCACGGUUACCUCCCUCCUUGUGGUUGGCUUCGCACCGAACUUUUGGAUCGCCCUCUUUGGCAGAAUCCUUGGAGGUGUGCUGAAUGGCAAUAUAGGCGUUAUACAAACAAUGGUUGGAGAAUUGGUCACAAAUCCCGAGCACGAACCACGAGCAUAUGCUAUUAUGCCGUUCGUAUGGAGCGUGGGUACAAUUAUCGGACCGUCCAUUGGGGGGUGUUUUGCCGAACCUACUGAUAAUUUUCCUUCCCUUUUCUCUCCCUCUAGCCUCUUUUCUCGAUUUCCUUAUUUGCUGCCAAACGUUAUUUGUGCUGCUCUACUCGUCAUAGCGAUCAUUGCAGGCUACGCCUUUCUCGAUGAAACUCACCCGGACAUGCAACCAUGCAGCACCCAACAAGACCUCAACUCAUCCAAUGCCGACACGCCACUUCUACCUGCACAAGGAGCUACAGCGCAUGCGGCAGCGAAUCUGACGACAGAAUCUUACGGGACUUUUGAUGCGGCUAAUGUUCAGAAGGACGAGAUUUGGCGGGUCAGGUCGAGCGGCGAGUGGGCGGAGAGUUCGUCUCCAAACGACAAGGUCAUCACUAAAUCUGUAGCCAUGUUUGUUCUUGCACUGGGCAUCUUUACCUACCACUCUAUGACCUACGACCACCUACUUCCCAUCUUCCUCCAAGACAAGCGAGUCAACGACAUUUCAGCCCUUACCGUUCCCCCAUCUGCGUUUGCCGGCGGGCUUGGUCUAUCAAUCCAAGACGUGGGAAUCAUAAUGUCAUUCAAUGGGAUCAUCGCCCUCGUAAUUCAAGGUGCCGUAUUCCCGCUUAUGGCGUUCUGGUUCGGCGUGUGGAAACUGUUGAUCCUGGUCACCGUUGGCCAUCCCAUUGCCUACUUCAUUAUCCCAUACCUUACCUUACUCCCUCAAACCUGGCUCUAUCCUUCUAUUUACACUUGUCUCGCCAUCCGGAACUUCUUCUCCAUCCUCGCGUACCCGCUACUUUUGAUCAUGAUCAAGGAGUCCGCGCCAUCGCCAAAUCAUCUCGGGAAAAUCAACGGCCUUGCCGCUAGCACGGGUGCUGCGUGUCGAACAGUCGCGAGUCCCAUUGCUGGUGCGCUGUAUGGUCUCGGGAUCGAAAUUCAUUUCACGCCACUUGCAUGGUGGGCUUCAGCGUUCAUCGCUGUUGUGGGCGCGCUCCAGGUCCCGUUCCUGCGUCGCGAAGCCAAAAAUUGCCAUACUCACGUCCGCGCUGCAGUACACUGCAGCUUGGGCAACAAGCACGUGGGGAAGAAUGAUGUAGUCAGGAUCACGGUUGAGGAUGUGGAGGAGACGGAGAUCGAUGCCGAGGAAGUCUGA